AUAACCUUGACACUGGCCUCACCGGUCAUUUACUCUUUUAAUUUUUUUCCACGUUUUAAGCAAAACCUAUUGUAGAAUUUGUUUUUGAAAAGAUUCAAUGACUUUUAGAGACAAUGUUUAAUAGAUUCCAGUUUAGAACGCAAAGGGGCAGACAAACUUUCGUUUACUUGGGUACUUUCAUCAGCAUGUCAAUAUUCUUUAGCCCACAAUUAUAUUAUUGGGGAAUUAAACCUACUUUGGAUUGGUUUAAAUCAGUACAAAAGCCAAGCAAAAGUAUUGAAAAUCAAAAGGAGUAGACUGGCUAAUACGUUAAAAAUUGUUAAAUUAUCAACUAACUGAAGGAUAUUAGGCAAGAGAAUAGGAGAAGAAAACUGCUCCGUUCGAAUUAUAAAUAUUCCGACAGAAACAUUAUUUAAAAAGUAUAAAAACGACGAUAAAGGACGAAAUGAAGUCGAUAAAAGAGUUUCAAAUGUGUAACCUUUGUAAUUUGUUAAUUUUUGUUAUUGUUUGCAUAAAUUAUGAAAUCUAAGACACUUAAAUAAUAGUUAUCUCACUUGGAAUAUAAAGUACCGCUCUUUUUUUAAACUGACACACCUCCACCGUGUCGCAGUAGACUCUUCCUACGCGCUUCCGGUGUAAAUAAGCUCUAGGAAGAGAACAUAGAAACUAGCUUAGAUGGCUUUGAUGGAUGACCGUGCGUUUCUUGUAUCUCACGUUCGUAAUUCCUUUAUUACGGGCGAUGAUACUAGUAUGAGUGAAUUGGUAUUGGAUGUUGACGAAUCUAGCGGCGAACGGCAUUCAAGGUUGUCGACAAACGAUUCCAAAAGACCUAAUACAUGGCACAUUACAAGAGGAGAUACAAGUGACACCGAUUCUUGUUGUGAAUUGGAUACUGAAUUACCAAAUUCCUAUGACAUCGUCCCUGACAUGGACUUUGCAUCUCAUCGAAGACGUUCAAAUACCGCUCAAAGAUUAGAAAUACUCCAAAGGGAAAAAGUUAGACAGAGUAAAAUAAAACAUGUGGUCUGGAAAGACGUUACAACUCCACCUGAUCCAACCUUAUUCGAGAGAAAACCCAUUAAAAUUCAAGAAACUGGUAACAGAAUUUCACUAUUAACUAAGUUACUGGCAGAAGCGGGAGAUGGCAGAACCAAUCACUUUUCUGACUAUGCUAAAUAUAAUGGCAAAAUGGCUCCGGCUGGUACUGGUACAAAAACAAUUGAAAUAUAUUUUACAAUGACAACGGAUAAUCUAAGAUUAAUGAAUAUCUGUAUUAUUGCCAAUGCAACUGUUCAAAAUUUAAUUGGAUUGUCUUGCUACUUAUAUUCUCAAUCAAAUAAGCAACCUCAAUUAAAGGAUUCUAUCGAUCGCUAUAGUUUACAUAUUGUUGACGAUGAUGGGGAAGUAGAAACGGAUUUUCCUUCUUUGGAAAAUAAGGAACCUAUCAGUAAAUUUGGAUUUAAUAAAUUGGCUCUUGUCGAAAACAGUCACGAAGUUAUCGAAGACGAAUCAGUUUUUAUAACAAUAAAUAUGCCCGGAAGAGGAUUAUCUCGUUUUUCAGUCAGCCCUAAGCAGAGUCUACGUGAAAUACUAGAAAAAGUAAUUGAACGGAGGAGACUUUUAACCGUUAAAGGUUUAGAUUACAAGUUCGAAAAACAAGACGAUCCUGGGGUUACGCUCAAUAUUGAUUCACAAGUCUGUAACUUGGACACAACAGAGUUGUGUUUGAUUCGUGAUAACAGCGUUAGGGGAGAUAUUAUUCAAGAUGGAGAGAUGUCAACUGUGAAUUUAAAUCCCGAUUCCUAUAGAAGCUAUCAAGUGUCAAUGGUAAAUAAACUUAGCUGGCAUACACCAUAUCAACUAGGCAUCUCAGGUGAAAAGAUAGAAAUCGACCCAGUUGGGAAUGGUGGACGCAUGUUUCGAACGGCAAGUAAGGCAGUAUCUCACGAAAUACGAAACGUUAAAGCCUGCUAUUUAGCCGAAAAUAAGUCGAGUCGAGUAAUAAUUCGUUUAGAGUGUAUAACAAAUCAAGAGAAGCAUAUAGACUAUAAUUUUGAAUGCGAUCCGGAAACAGCUGGUGAUAUCAUAAACCAGGUGAAUAAUAUAUUGGAAAUCAGAGGAUUAGGCCAAAAUUGGGAUUCAAUGAUGAAAGGAAGAGCAAAAAAGUUAAAAAAGCGUAAUACUUUACCAACUUUGUUCAGUACAUUCUAAAAUGUUGUUACACUUAGCCUUAAUAAAUUUUUAGCCCAGAAAAAAAAACAAUUUUGUUAUACGUAUCGUCGUUUAUUCGUCUUUUUUCGG